UUUAUUGGUUGUGGUUCUGUUCGCCACGAGGCGGGGAGAUCAUCUCGCGCGUGGUGGCUUUCGUCCAUCCUUCCUCUCCCCCCACCAUGGCUCCCCUCCAACUCAAACACCCAACAAGCAUACAAUGAAAACCUCCCUUUCAACCAAACACGUACAUACAAGGAACUAGUUUCGCGCGUAAAAAACACAGUGAGGAAGCUCUACCAGGCAAUCUAGCACUGAAACCUAGCUUUUUCUCCCAUGUCUCUGAUGCCCACCUCCCCAUCCCAAUCCCACAGCGAAACUCCCUCGCACCCAAAUCCUCGCAACCACAUAACCCACCUCAAAUCGCGUCAUCCAUAAUCCUCACUCCCCCCCAAGCCCCCAAGCCCCCUCGCCUACCCCCGCCCGGAACCUUCCGCAUCCCAGCCAAGCAAAAGCCCAAAGUAAGCCCACCCAUUACAGUAAGCAGCACCACGCGCAUCAUCCCAAAGCGAAGCAAUCAGCUCGAACAAAACCGAAACAAGGAAACAAACGAAUGAGAAAGAAAAUAACCAAGGAGGAAUGGAUGGAUAAACGAGGAUCCGCGUAUGCAGCCCUACGCGGGUUACGCCACCAUCAUCCUUCAUCGUGAUUUGACGACGCUGGAGAGUCUGACGUUGGAUUUGGAAUGGUUUUCUUUUCAGGGCUGGUUUGGGAUUGGGAUCGAGGGAAGGUGGUUGCGUAAGGUCAGCUUAUUUCAUACCUGUGUGGCUCGUUUUCUUUUUGUGUCCUGUUUCUCACGACUUUCUCUUUCUUUGCUUCGUUUAGGGAAUAGGGAAGAAGCCAUGUUUGAUAUCCGCAUACGUAGCGUAUACGAACAGAACUCAUCAUCUUACUCAUCACCCCCCCUCUACUACUACUGCAAAGGGACGAUGGACAAACCCACCCGAACUCACACCGAUAUCAAACCCCCUCAGUUCCUUCUCUUCUACAUGACACACGCUCGCCUCCCCCUCCCAUCUCACCAGUCGACCAAAACAGCAAUGUGAGGUUCUUCACCAAUAUA